AGCCAACACGCCCACAGGCAGGUGAGGGAGCAGAGGAUCAGGCUGCAGGGUCACUGCACCUCUCAGCUCUCAGGCAGGACGGCUCAGCAGGACAGAAGGACAGACGUGUGUUUGGUCGGUUAGAAAGUGUAGAGCGUGAUGACAGAACAGUGUGUGAACCAGCAGUCAUCGCAGGAAGACACCAGGAAGUGUAACAGAGGAACUGCAAAGCAUGAGGACAGAGAUUAUCAUUCAGAUCUAGAGAACGUGGAGGAGCGGCAGAGGUAUGAGAGGAUGGUGGGUGAACCUCUGCAGGCCGUUGAUCCGGAGCAACAGGAGCUGUUAGGCCGGAGGAAGCCAGCAUUAGUCAGAUCAAAGACCUUCGAUCACUCUCUGCUGACUCAGGUCCAGACUGAUGCAGACUCCAAGAUAGAGAGGAAGAAGUCUCACUACAGCCAGCUUUCGAAGAGCAACUGCCAGUACCAUAAAAUAUUUAAGGAGAUCAGCAAAGAGGAACAGCUCAGACAGAGUUACACCUGUGCUCUGCAGAAAGACAUCCUCUACCAGGGACGGAUGUUUGUCUCUGACCACUGGAUCUGCUUCCACUCCAAGGUGUUUGGCAAAGAUACGAAGAUUGCCAUCCCAGUGAUGUCUGUCACACACAUCAAGAAGACCAAAACUGCCAUCCUGCUGCCAAACGCUCUGGUGAUCGCCACCGCUAACGACAGGUACGUCUUCGUGUCCUUUCUGUCCAGAGACAACACCUACAAGUUCUUGAUGUCCAUCUGUCUUCAUCUGGAGGAGAAGAGCCCAUGCAGCAGCCCCGUCCCCUCCUCAGCUGAGAACAGCUUCAGAAGUCAGAGGUCACCUCUGUUGCCUCGCUUUCCUCUGAAUUUUCCAGGUGUUUUCUGUGACCUGGACGGAGCAGUGAGGCAGAGGAGGCAGGAGAUGGAGGAGAGCAGCAGCUCCGACUCCCAGACCCCCGACUACGACAAGAUAGCAGAGUUCCCCGUUCCUCAGUUUCUGGAUGUGUUGAAGCACACAGACGGUGCAGCUCCUCCUGAACAUCCAGACCAUCAACAACACAAAGUCAAGAACCAGCAUCAGAACCAGCAUCAGAACCAGCAGAGCUCAGACAACAAGCAGCACGACACACACCGCACCGGCUCACAGAUGGUGAUCGACAGCAGAACUCUGAAACCAGUCUCUCUCAACACUCUGCUGUUUGUCUACCUGUUUCUGGUGUGUGUCCUGGUCUUGUCUUCCUGUUACCUGGCCUUUAAGAUCGUCUCGUUGGAGCAGAGACUGACGACGCUCGGCUCCAUCACUGAGUUCACCCACCAGGAAAAUGACUUUCUGCGAGGGAGUGACGUGAACACGGAGAUUUUCUCUGAACUACUGACCAUCAACCUGAUGAAGCUGGAGAAGGUGCAGAAGAACCUGCAGAGACUGCUGGACGAAGCCGCCUGAAUGUACUGGAAACCAGUAUAUGAUGCUGUAAACACUUCUGUAAAUAUACUGUAAAUAUGUAGUUUAAAUGUAGCAGAUGUUUUAAACUGACGUCACUGAGAUGUAUUAAUGCUUUAAUAUGAAGAGCUUGAAAAAACAAUCUAGUCUCACUCCGAAGACAUGUAAUAUCGGCUCUUUAAGUCAUUGACUUCCAGCAUCAGACAUCGACAAGAAAAGCAGUAUUGUUGUGUCAGCGUGAUACAUGACUGGCCACUGUUAUUCUGUAAUGGCAGCCAGCAGUGUCAGGGGUAACGUGGCUGGAUAAUAGGCAAAAGUCCAAGUUGGGUGGACGAAAGAGGGUGGGAUGGGUCCAACAACCGCAGACUUACACCCAGGAGGCCGGUGUUUGAAAGCCAAACCCUGUUCUUUUUUCCUGAACCCAACCACAUGU